UAUUCCAAACUCAAUUCCCUAUUCAAACCCUUGUCAUGCGCAUUCAACAUCAUUUGAUUCUGUUAAAAUCAUGAUGAAGCAAGGGUUAAAAUUCAGAUUCUCACUUUCCUGAUUUCUCUCAUCGCCGCCGUCUCCGCCUAACGUGCGACAGCUGAUGGCUGAGCAGCCGGGUUCCCCUCCGUGCCCUUCGAUGAAGCAAAAUUCUGAGAAGCUCUCCACCAAGGGGAAGAAGGAAGUCCCAAAUGGAAACAAUGGUAUUUUCAAGAGAAUUGAUCAAAUAUUCAACUUUAUAGAUCAUGGAAAUUCUCGAAAGGUUUUAACUGUCUCAGUAUUGGUGAUAGCCUCAUUAUUGGUGAUAGGGCUAUUUUUUGUGCCUUUUUCUUUUGGUCCUGACAAGGAGAUUAGCUUUCAGGAGUUUAGAAAUAAACUAUUGGAACCAGGGUUAGUAGACCACAUUGUUGUCUCAAAGAACUUAGUUGCCGAAAUAUAUGUACGGAGCUCUCCCCGUGAUCAAACUGACAAUGAAGUAGUCCAAGGGACAUUCUCUCCAAAGGGAUCUGGAGGUCAAUACAAAUAUUAUUUCAAUAUUGGAAGUAUUGAGUCUUUUGAGAAGAAGUUAAAGGAAGCACAAGAGGAACUAGGCAUUGACCAUCAUGAUUAUGUACCUGUUACAUAUUCUUCUGAAAUCGUUUGGUACCUGGAGUUAAUGCGAUUGGCUCCAGAAUUGUUGGUUUCAGUAUCUUUCGUAUAUCUGGUGAGAAGACUACAUGGAUUUGGUGGUGCCAAUAUUACUAAAGUAGACAAAAAUGCCAAAAUCAAGGUCUAUUUCAAAGAUGUUGCGGGCUGUGAUGAGGCAAAGCAAGAAAUUAUGGAGUUUGUCCACUUCCUAAAGAACCCAAAAAAAUAUGAAGAACUUGGUGCGAAAAUUCCAAAAGGUGCUCUUCUGGUUGGUCCUCCCGGCACAGGGAAAACCCUUUUAGCAAAAGCAACUGCCGGGGAGUCUGGUGUGCCAUUUCUUUCUAUAUCUGGUUCUGAUUUCACGGAAAUGUUUAUUGGUGUCGGACCAUCUAGGGUGAGAAGCUUGUUUCAGAAAGCAAAGAAGUGUGCUCCCUGUAUUAUAUUUAUUGAUGAGAUUGAUGCGAUUGGUCGUGCAAGGGGACGUGGAGGUUCCUCUGGGGCAAAUGAUGAGCGCGAAAGUACUUUAAAUCAAUUGCUGGUGGAGAUGGAUGGUUUUGGAACCACAGUUGGAGUUGUUGUGCUGGCAGGAACAAAUAGACCUGAUAUAUUAGACAAAGCCCUACUUAGACCUGGGCGAUUUGACCGCAAGAUAACAAUUGAUAAACCUGACAUCAAAGGUCGUGACCAGAUAUUUCAGAUCUACUUGAAAAAGAUCAAACUUGACCAUGAGCCUUCAUAUUUUUCAGAAAGGCUUGCAGCCCUUACUCCAGGAUUUGCUGGAGCAGAGAUUGCUAAUGUUUGCAAUGAAGCUGCUCUAAUUGCUGCAAGAGGUGAAAAAACACAAGUCUCAAUGGAUCACUUUGAGGCAGCUAUUGAUAGGAUUAUUGGUGGUUUGGAGAAGAAAAACAAGGUAAUAAGCAAGCUGGAAAGGCGCACUGUCGCUUACCAUGAGUCAGGCCAUGCUGUUGCUGGUUGGUUCUUGGAAUAUGCUGAACCCUUGUUGAAAGUAACUAUUGUUCCUCGUGGAACAGCUGCUCUUGGAUUUGCGCAGUACGUUCUGAGUGAGAACCUUCUCAUGACAAAGGAGCAGCUUUUCGAUAUGACUUGUAUGACCCUUGGUGGUCGGGCUGCAGAGCAGGUUCUCAUUGGGAGAAUCUCAACAGGAGCACAGGACGACUUGGAAAAAGUGACCAAGAUGACUUAUGCUCAAGUGGCAGUCUAUGGUUUCAGUGACAAAGUGGGCCUCCUCUCUUUCCCUCAGAGAGAAGACUCAUCUGAGAUGUUGAAGCCAUACAGCAGCAAAACUGCUGCAAUCAUUGAUAGUGAAGUGCGAGAAUGGGUGAAUAAAGCGUAUGAACGUACAAUACAGCUAAUUGAGGAACACAAGGAACAUGUAGCUCAAAUUGCAGAGUUGCUGCUUGAAAAAGAGGUACUUCACCAAGAUGACUUGGUUCGAGUUUUGGGGGAACGUCCCUUCCAGGCUAGUGAACACACCAGUUAUGAUAGGUCAAAGCAAGGUCCCCAAGCGGACGACGAAAAAAUCAUAGAAAGCACCGUCAAUGGGCCUGAGAAGGGUGGUGGGGAUUCACCUUUAGAUCCCCAGGUAGUCCUGACAUGAAUAAGUUCAUGUUUUUUUAAGUGUACAUGAAUAUCUUUUUUAGCUAAAAUUAAAAAUUUCAUUUAAACUCUAAUGGGGUAUGCUUUAGAAUAGUGACAUUGGAAAUAUUUGAAGGUAGUCUGCAAACAGUGAUGCAAAUUACACCCAGCUUAAGUAGAAAUAGAUAGCAAAAACACAUCUUUUUGUUUAUGUGUUUUAGCUAUUAUUUUGUUUUUGUUAAUUUGAUAACAUGGACAAAAAUUGUAUUAUCACUACUAAGUAAAUAAAAUUCGUUUCUUAUUUUUCUCA